CAUGACUCAGAAACCGGUUCCCCUGGCUGUAACAAUGAUACAGCUCUGGGGUCAUUACCUGUAAGCCAAUGCCUUUGCUUCAUAGCCAGUCUGUCUACAAGGUGUGUUGCUGUCACAGACUGCCGGGAAAGCUCUUCCAGGUGUGGAAAGAGAGGAAUCGCCACCAGCUUGGACUUCCAGGGACCUUUCUUUCCUGGAGGAAAUUUAAUAUUAAUUAGAAACGCCUCUAGAAGAUUCACUACUGCAUUGUAGAGAGGGCGCAAACCCAGCAAGGACCGGGAUGGGAAUCCUAUAUUCUGAGCCCAUCUGCCAGGCAGCCUACCAGAAUGACUUGGGGCAAGUGUGGCGCUGGGUGAAAGAAAGCAACCAUUAUGUGGAUAUUCAAGAUGGCUUCAAUGGUGAUACUCCCCUCAUCUGUGCCUGCAGGCGGGGGCACCUGAGAAUAGUCUCCUUCCUUUUAAGGAGAAAUGCUGACGUCAACCUCAAAAACUUGAAGGAGAGAACCUGCUUGCACUAUGCUGUGAAGAAGAGAUUUACCUUCUUUGAUUAUCUGCUCAUCAUUCUUUUAAUGCCUGUUUUGCUAAUUGGAUAUUUCCUCAUGGUAUCAAAGACAAAGCAGAAUGAGGCUCUUGUACAGAUGCUUCUUAAUGCUGGGGUUGAAGUUAAUGCUACUGACUGCUACGGCUACACUGCCUUGCACUAUGCUUGCCAGAUGAAAAACCAGACUCUCAUCCCUCUGCUUCUGGAAGCCCAUGCAGACCCCACGAUAAAGAACAAGCAUGGUGAGAGUUCACUGGAUAUCGCACAGAGACUAAAAUUUUCCCAGAUUGCAUUAAUGCUAAAGAAAGCCUCAUAGCCCUGUGGCUUUUCAUUGGUGACAGAGACACAGCUGAAGGACUGAUGUUUUCUGUGUCAUGAAUUAUUGCUCCAUGGGCACUCAAGCUGGAUGCAUCCCCUUUGUGACAAACACUGGACUUAGGAUGGUUUUUACAUGGAGGUCAACAUGGCCUUGUUCUCUCCAAAGAACCCGUUACAUGCGUUGGAAUCUCUGUUGUCAAACCUGAUUUUUAAAGAAUUUAUAACCCAGUGUCUUCCAAACACAAGUCAGAGUUACCUGUGGUCACAUGCUCUCUUUCUAGUGAUGUCAUUCCUCUGAAGACUUUACCCUACAUCCUGUCUUGGGAGAUAAUUGGCUCAUCUCAGGCCCCUUUACAUACUAAGCCCAAGCAAGAAUCAAAGCAUGUGCACGUGUACAACGUGGCAUGCAUGUGUGGGGAGUUAGAGAUUCCAGAGUAAAUAUUCCUUUGGUGGAAAAUCUUCAAUAAAAACAUAUGUCGGUUGUCAGUGAUGAGUUUGACUAAGCCAUAGAAGUUGGCACUUGCCCCACAGCAGAACUGAUUUUUGUCAUUGUUUCCCUUGGUGGGGGCGGUGGAAAAGGAGGGGCUAGAUCUAUAUACAUGUGUUUUACCAACAGUUUAUAACUGUCUUUUCAGUUUUUAAGUUAUGUAAACAUUUAAAAAUGUCUGUUCAUAAUCCUUAUAAGACGGGAACUACAGUUCAGUGGUAGAGCACGUGGCUGCUAUACAUAAAACCCAGGGGUCACCCUCAACACCAAAAAUGAAGAAUCUUCUUGUGGACACAAGCUAGUUGCUAUUUAUUUAUUUUCCAUUUUGUGACACUGAGAAUUUAACUUAUGGGCUCAGUCACACGAAGCGUGGGGUUUACCUCUAAGCUAUACUCUCAGCCCCAGGUUUGUUUAGUUUUAUUGACAGAAUUUAAAGGAUCCUAACUUAUUUGGAUGAAGGUCUUACUUCUUCAUAGAAGCAUGGAAGUGUAUGGAUCAUAUUUUAAGUGAGAGGUUAUGAAUACUGAACUGUCUGACUUCUUUUGGGAAUGACACUGAAUGGAAUUAAAUCUACUUCCUGAGUGAAUUUUGAGAAUCUGGAUGACACAGCCACAGAUGCCGGCAUGGACGAAGCCACACUACACACUGUGGCAAAAAACAGUUAAGAAUGAAAGAUCUACUAUCCUUGCAUACAAAGGGGCUGUAGACAUAAUGUUAUCGUGCACCGUGUAAAAUUUACCCUUGUAUUAUUCAAAUACUAAUUUCUCUAUCCCAUUAUCUGGUUUCAAUCCAUGGCACUGCCAUGCUUACAUUAAGAAUCUCCGGCCUCAAGUCUGUGUAGACAAUGCUCAUCAUUUAUUCUCUGCCUUGUCAAUAAAAGUCAAUAACUAGGCAAUAGAGAGGAUAGGGCAGGGCUUCCGCCAGUCAGUGGAGGAGGAAGAGAAAGAGAGGAAGAGGGAUUCUCCACAAGGAAGGGGUCUGGAGAGACAUCAAGGCAGAACACCCCUGAAGCCCAGAGAGCCAGGCAAAUACAAAAUUUUGAGUAUCUUGGGGAUUUUUAGCUUGGAGGUAGACAGACUAGAUUAGAGGAUAAUGCCUAACUAUUGUACUUUAAGUUGAAAAUACAUCUUGAGUGUAUUUGAGUGGAUGGUCGUCAGCUGACAUUCAUCCUAAAGCCAGG